GACAUCGCACGAAAAACCAGUAGGUUAAUACUUUCACUCGGUUCUUCCAAAUAAUCACCAUGGCUUCCAAAAACACUGCGAGCGGCGACGACCGCUUCUCCAAGGUUAAAAAGGACCCUCGCUUCUGGGAGAUGCCCAACAGAGAGCGCAAGGUCAAGAUCGACGAGCGCUUCCAGUCCAUGUUCCACGACCAGCGCUUCAAGCUGAAGUACACAGUGGAUAAACGCGGACGACCCGUCAACCACACGACCACCGAGGACCUCAAGCGCUUCUACAAGCUCUCUGACUCCGAAGAGGAGGGCGAGAAGACGGAAAACACAGAGAAAGCGGAAGAGGAACCUCAGGUUGAGGAUGAAGAUGAGAGUGAUGAAUCUGAAGAGGAAGAAGAAGCCGAGAAGGUCCUGAAGUCACAAGAAGCGAAGAAAACCAAAGAGCCGCUGAUAAAGGGAGUGAGAGUGUUUGAAGAAGAUGAAGAUGAGAGAUCUGGUGUUGAAGAGGAUGAAGAAGGUGGUUCUUCUGAAGGUGAAGAUGAUGACGAUGAGGAUGAUGAGAGCGAGUCAGAUGAAGAUGACGAGAAAGGACCUGAUCUGGCCAGAGGGAAGGGUAACAUUGAGACCAGCUCUGAUGAAGAUGAUGAUGAUGACGAUGAGUUGGAGGAAGAGGAGAUUGAGCAUGACUGGGGAGAGAUGUGUAAAGAUGCUCCACGCGGUGACAAUACUUCGCAGCGGUUGGCAGUUUGUAACAUUGACUGGGACAGACUGAAAGCUAAAGAUCUGCUGGCUCUCUUCAAUUCGUUUAAGCCCAAAGAAGGCGUAGUGCUGUCUGUAACGAUCUACCCGUCUGAGUUUGGGAAGGAGAGGAUGAGUGCAGAACAGACCCAGGGUCCGCUGGAGCUCACCGGCCUCCCGGACGACCCCGACGCAGACACAGAGGAGCAAAGGAUCUGCCGGGAGAAAGUGCGUGACUAUCAGUUCAAGCGUCUGAGGUAUUACUACGCCGUGGUGGAGUGUGAGUCCGUGGAAACGGCGGUGAAGAUUUACGAGGAGUGUGACGGCCUCGAGUACGAGAGCAGCUGCUCCAUGAUCGACCUGCGGUUCAUCCCUGAUGACGUGACGUUUGACGAUGAGCCGAAGGACAGAGCGACCGAUGUGGAUUACGGUUCCUACAAGCCCAAGCUCUUCACAUCGGCGGCCACCACCACAGCCAAGGUCGAGCUGACGUGGGAUGAAACGGAUCAUGACCGGGUCACUGCUCUCUGCCGGAAGUUCAAUAAGGACGAGCUGUUGGACAUGGACUUCAAGGCUUACCUGGCCUCCUCCAGUGAGGAAGAAGAGGAGGAGGAGGAGGAGGAGAAACAGACGGAAGCUGAGGAGCCGGCUCAGCCUCUUCCUGAGGAGAAGAAGGCCAGUAAGGGGAAGAAGAGCGCAGAGCAGAUCGCUAAAUACAGAGAUCUACUGAAGAGCAUUCAGGACAAAGACAAGGGGAAUGAUGACGCCAUGGACAUGGAGAUCACAUGGGUACCAGGACUGAAAGAAACAACUGAGAAGCUUGUGAAGAAGAAAAUGUUGGGCAAAGAUAUACUGUCUCCGUGGGAGGAAUAUCUGCAGAAGAAAAAGGAGAAAAAGAAAGAGAAGAGGAAAGGAAAGAAGGACGCGCUGGAGGCGGAGCCUGGGAUCAGUGAUGACGAACUUCCUGCUAAUGUUGACCUCAACGACCCCUUCUUCACAGAGGAGCUCGGCGCGACAGCAUCCCUGGAAAACAAAAAGAACAAGAAGAGCAGGAAGAAGGAUGAGGAGAGGACACCAGAAGAACGGGAAGAGCUGGAGAGACGGAGGGCUGAGAUGGAGCUGCUGAUGGCUGACGACGAAGAUGACAAGCACAAACAUUUCAACUACGACAAGAUCGUAGAGCACCAGAACCUGAGCAAGAAGAAGAGGAAGAAGCUCCUGAAGAGCGACACGCCACUGGAGAACGACGACUUCAAGGUGGACGUUCACGACCCGCGCUUCCAGUCUAUGUUCACGUCCCAUCUUUACAACCUGGACCCGUCCGACCCGGCCUACAAGAAGACCAAAGCAACGCAGAGCAUCUUAGAGGAGAAACUGCGGCGCAGAGAGGAGGAGCACCAGAGUCAGGAGGAGACGCUGAAGAGCAGAGCCACACAGAAGAAGAUCACAGCAGAGACUUCAUCCGCCUCUAAAGUCAUGGACCCCAAUUUAUCACUGCUUGUCAAAUCCAUCAAGAACAAAACUCAACAGUUUCAAGAGCGCAAGAGACAAAAGACAAAGUAGACUGAGAACGAGAGUGUCUUUUUGCUUUGCCUAAUAGAAGACAAAAUGAAAAGCUGUUUGAUAAUAAACUUCAUAUUUUGUUUGCAAUAUUAGUGCUG